AUGUCAGUUAUAUUACCAAAAUUACUAUCGAGAACAGCGUUUAGAGUUCCUGGCAACUUACUGAGGCUCUCUUCAGUAGCUUUCAGAACUUUUUCUCAAACAGCCACCGCUUCCGCAGCUGCGUUUGAUCGUUCCAAACCACAUGUAAAUAUAGGUACGAUUGGCCAUGUUGACCAUGGGAAGACAACUUUAACUGCUGCCAUUACUAAGACUUUGGCAGCAAAAGGGGGCGCCAACUUCUUGGAUUAUGCUGCCAUAGAUAAGGCUCCUGAAGAAAGGGCCCGUGGUAUUACCAUUUCCACCGCUCACGUGGAAUACGAAACCGCUAAGAGGCACUACUCUCACGUCGACUGUCCAGGUCAUGCAGAUUAUAUCAAGAAUAUGAUCACAGGUGCCGCCCAAAUGGAUGGUGCUAUCAUUGUGGUAGCAGCUACAGAUGGCCAGAUGCCUCAAACUAGAGAACAUCUGCUAUUGGCUAGACAAGUCGGUGUCCAACACAUCGUCGUUUUUGUUAACAAAGUUGAUACCAUCGAUGAUCCGGAAAUGUUAGAAUUGGUGGAAAUGGAAAUGAGAGAACUUUUGAACGAAUACGGUUUUGAUGGCGACAAUGCUCCGAUUAUCAUGGGUUCUGCGCUUUGUGCUUUGGAAGGCCGUCAACCUGAAAUUGGUGAACAAGCCAUCAUGAAGCUUCUGGAUGCCGUGGACGAGUAUAUUCCUACGCCUGAAAGAGACUUCAACAAGCCUUUCUUGAUGCCUGUAGAAGAUAUAUUUUCUAUCUCUGGUAGAGGUACCGUCGUGACUGGUCGUGUGGAAAGGGGUAACUUGAAAAAAGGUGAGGAAUUGGAAAUUGUUGGUCACAACGCCAUUCCGUUGAAGACUAUUGUUACCGGUAUUGAAAUGUUUAGAAAGGAAUUAGACUCUGCUAUGGCAGGCGACAAUGCUGGUGUGUUACUAAGAGGUAUCAGAAGAGAUCAAUUGAAAAGGGGUAUGGUUUUAGCUAAACCAGGUACUGUUAAGGCCCACACCAAAAUCUUAGCCUCAUUGUAUAUUUUAUCGAAGGAAGAAGGUGGGAGACAUUCUGGGUUCGGUGAAAACUACAGACCACAAAUGUUCAUCAGAACUGCUGAUGUUACAGUUGUGAUGAGGUUCCCUAAAGAAGUAGAAGAUCACUCCAUGCAAGUCAUGCCAGGUGACAACGUCGAAAUGGAAUGUGAUUUGAUUCAUCCAACUCCUUUGGAAGUAGGUCAGCGUUUCAACAUCAGAGAGGGUGGUAGAACUGUUGGUACCGGCCUAAUCACACGUAUCAUAGAAUAA